AUGCUGGUGACCUUUUUGGAAGCCAGCCGGGACCUUUGCGAGACGUACUCAAUUCUUUUUGGCGCCGCGCUAGCAGUCUGCCGUAUCAUAGGCGCCAAGGUUUCCACGGCUGGACGAGCUACUGGCCAUAGUAGCGCUAUCCCAGCAUGGAGAAGAAGAAUUGAGGAACGUAUCGCAAAGACUAGAGCUCUCAUCGGCAGACUGAUAUGCUUCAGAUCAGGCAACAAUAGGCCAAGAAUUGUGCGCACCGUCAGGAUGGCGUUUGCUGGGACAAAUGUCAGUUUGUCCCAGUCGGAUAUAACGCAAAAACUGACGGAGCGCAUAGAUGAUCUGAAGCAGAGAAUCGCUGCUUGGGGAAAGCGGAUUCGGCGAUAUACCGAGAGGUCGACACGGUUCAACCAGAAUCGUCUCUUCCAGAGUGAUCAGAAGAGGCUCUAUGAAUCAUUGGAGCGACCAAUGGUAAGUGGAACGGGUCCAGCACCGAAUCAGGCCGACACUGUAGCAUUCUGGCGCGGCCUGUGGUCAGAGCCCGUAAACCACAGCGAGGGCCCUUGGACGGAAGUUGUGGCGAGUCAGUGUGCGGGUAUUACGCCCAUGGACCCCGUCAUCAUAACGCCGGAUGACGUAGCUGAGGCGGUCCGUAGGGCCCCGAACUGGAAAAGUCCGGGGCUUGACGGGCUGCAUCACUACUGGCUGAAGGGGUUCAUGGUGUGUCACUCUGUGCUCGCCCGACAGUUUCAAGAGGCUCUCAACCAGAAGUCGCUCCCAAGCCUCUUCACUACUGGGAUCACUCAUUUGGUUCCUAAAGACCAGGGAACCACAGACCCGAGCAAAUACCGCCCCAUCACUAAUAGCCGGGACCUUUGCGAGACGGAUUCAAUUCUUUUUGGCGCCGCACUGGCAGUAUGCCGUAUUAUUUGCGCCAAACUUCCCGUAGCUGGACGUGCUACUCAAAAAAGUAGCGCCAUCCCAGCCUGGAGAAAAAGAAUUGAGGACCGUAUCGCAAAGGCAAGGGCCCUUAUCGGCAGACUGACAAGCUUCAGGUCGGGUAAUAAUGGACCGAGGAUUAUGCGCACCGUUAGGAUGGCGUUUGCUGGGACAAAUAUCAGUUUGUUCCAGCCGGAUAUCACGCAAAAACUAACGGAGCGUAUAGAUGACCUGAAGCAAAAGAUUGCUGCUUGGGGGAAGCGGAUUCGCCGAUUUACCGAGAGGUCAAGGCGGUUCAACCAGAAUCGUCUCUUCCAGAGUGGUCAGAAGAGACUCCACAAAUCAUUGGAGCGACCAGAGGUAUGUGGAGCGGGCCCAGGACCGGAUCAGGCUAACACUGUCGCAUUUUGGCGUGGCCUGUGGUCAAAGCCCGUAAACCACAGCGAGGGCCCUUGGACGGAAGUUGUGGCGAGUCAGUGUGCGAGUAUUACGCCCAUGAACCCCGUCAUCAUAACGCCGGAUGACGUAGCUGAGGCGGUCCGUAGAGCCCCGAACUGGAAAUGUCCGGGACUCGACGGGCUACAUCACUACUGGCUGAAGGGGUUCAUGGUGUGUCACGCUGUGCUCGCCCGUCAGUUUCAAGAGGCUCUCAACCAGAAGUCGCUCCCUAGCCUCUUCACUACUGGGAUCACUCAUUUGGUUCCUAAAGACCAGGUAAGUAAUAGUCUAGAAAUAUUUUACUUAGCGAAACUAGUGCUUACCUCAAAAGUUAACCACUCCGAUAAAAGAACAGCCAUAUCAGGAGGUAGUGAUGAUAUUACAUGCCGCCUGAUGCGUUCUCUAACAAUGAUACCACAGUAA